UGCACCGGAGCGGACGUGCGUGGUGGGUUCAGUCAAGUCGUGCUUCAGUGCCCGCCAUGUAAUGUAACUGCACACGAUGCGUCAGCGGCCCUCGGUGUUCGUGUUGUUGCUGAUUCUUGGAAGUGGUUGUGACGGUAGGAUCAGCGGCAGUACAGGAGUUACAUUGUUCAAGUGUUGUCCUCACGGUGAGGUUUACAGCGAUUACGAUGAGUGUAAAGUGGCAGGGACAGGCGAUCCUUCGUGGACGCCAAUUAUCUAUUCGCCCGCACGCCAAGCGUUCUUAGAACCCGGCGCAUUGCCGCCGCAUUGGCGUAUUGAAGAAGCGUCGAAACCGAAAUGUCACAGUAACUGUGGUGUGACUAAAAUACGGUCACAUUUCCAGAACCCAAUGUUUCUGCUGUUCGACAAUGGGUCACUUUUGCUUACGGAAUUCUCAAAGUUCUUAGACCCUGGGAGCUUCUGUGUUGAUUCAGGAGUCUCUCUUGUUUGUGUAGAUGAUAACUGUGUUGAUGCUGAGCCUACCGGAGGCCAAAGUCUUCCUCCUGAGAGAACACAAACGAAAUCUCGUGUGAAGAAAUGUUGUGGCGACAGCGCAUCGUAUAGUGACGUAAAGGCGGCGUGCGUCGUGUACUCUAACCUGACAACAGCAGACAAUUUCUCGACGAUACGUUUUAACAACGUGACGAUGGCUCUCACUGCGGGGUUCCCAGUAUGCAGCGGCCACGAGUUAGUAGUAGCGGGGAAGCUAGACGAGGGAGAGUCGUCCUUGAAGAGUAACGGGGCCUUGCACGUGAGGCCACUAGACAUUACGUUGCUGCCAGGGGAGUUCUGCAUCGAACAUUUGCUGGAACAUCCCGUGGAUAAGCCGAGCAUCUUCACGUGUUCCGAGAAACUUCCAUCGGAGGUACAGAGAAAAGAAAGAGACUGGGACUUGCGGUUCACCCUGUACCCCAUCGGGCUGUUCCUGUCUGCGUUCUUCCUAGCCGCCACCCUUGCUGCCGGCUGUCUGCGCCCCAGUUCCCACCACAUGCUGCACUGGAAGUGCCAGACAGGCCACGUGUCCUGUCUCCUCCUGGGCGACAUCCUCCUCGCUGUCACUCAGCUCUCGAACGAUAGAGUGUCUGGCGGAGUGUGCUUCUCCCUCGCCGUGUGCAUGCAUUUCCUCUUUCUGGCGGCAUUCUUCUGGCUGAACACCAUGUGCUUCAACAUCUGGUGGACCUUCAGGGAUCUGAGGCCCACAAGUUUGGACAAGGGGCAGGAGACAUUUCGACUGAGAUUAUAUCAGCUGUAUGCAUGGGGAGGACCUCUGCUCAUUGCUGGAAUAGCUGGCAUACUUGACAGUCUUCCUGAAGAAAUCUAUUCCUCAUUGCUCAGACCCCGGUUUGGUCAGCAGAGAUGUUGGUUUUAUGGGGAUGUGGAGAUAUUUCCAUACUUCUAUGGACCAGUCGGUGUGCUACUGCUGAUCAAUUUGAUCUUGUUUGCUGCUACUGCUCAUGAACUCACAUGUGGCCUAUGGAAGAGGGAAGUGGUCAAGUCUAACACCGAGAGAGCAACCCUGGGUCGAGUGUGUUUGAAGCUGGUCGUGGUAAUGGGACUAACUUGGGUGGCAGAUGUGAUCUCAUGGGCUGUAGGUGGUCCACAUUAUAUCUGGUAUGUUACUGAUCUCAUCAAUACACUACAGGGAGUGUUCAUCUUUUUGGUGGCUGGAUGUCAGCCGCAAGUGUGGUCAGCCAUAAACAGACUGUGGUGUUUGCGACAACAGCGGACCCAGAGGACUAACAUGGGGCACCACCUCUCACUCUACUCACAGGGCCCACCAUCCCUUGGAGACUCGGUCACAAACAACCAUUCGACCAAGUCUGCACAUCUCGAGACCCUAUGUUGAAGCACCUCAGAAAGGAUGGGAAUUAGUGAGACCACCUGGCUAAGGAAAGGAAACUUCUUUGUACACUUUCUUACUGAUUUUAUGUGAUGCAGAGCCUCAUGUGGGCCAAAAGCAGCUACUGAUCCAAGCAAGAAAUAUCCUUGAAUAUUGGAUUCUGACUGAAUAAUUCUUAGUUGGAACACAAAGUUUACAUGUUAUAAUAUAGUGGUUCCUGUUAAUGGAUACGUACUCACCAAACAUAUUAUAAAGAAAGAAAUACCAAAAAUAUGGUCCCACCAAGUGAAGUCAAAAUGUAUUUUUACUGACGAGAGAACAAGACUGAUGCUUUAAGAACCUGACUGAUUUUAUUUCAUCCAGACAAAUUUUAAAUUGAAGGAAAUUAUGUUGCCAUUCCUUCUUCAUUGCUUUCAUAUUAGUGACGGACAAUUUUAAAUUGUCAGUAAUUUUAAGCUGAUGCCAGUCCAAGACUAAAUUUUACUGUUGUACAAUAGAAUGUAUUUUUAUGCGUAUUUCAGUAAUACAUGGCAAAAUUGGAUCAGCUAUUGGACAGUCAAGUAAAAGCAUAUUUUAAGUCAUUAAUUUAAAUAUGUAUAAAAUGCAUGCCUUAAGUGUUUGCUUAUUGUAUUGAUGUUUGUUCUAAUUCAGUGUGGCCUACACAUGCACACUUGUAAUUCAGCACUGCCAUGACAGUGUAAAAUUGUGCGAAGCUGUACACAGUGGAACUGCAAGUUGCAUGCAGAGAUUCAGAGUGAAAUGUUAUGCGGGCAGAAGACAGAGGAGAGCAGGCACAGGAACACAGCUGUAGUAGUGACAUGUUGAGGGCUACUCUAAUUUCAGGAUGAUGCAGAUACUAAACACAGCAAGGAAAACCUGAAUAGAAACUCAGCUGUAUAGAAAUUAAUAAGCGCCAUCUGGAACUAGAUCUUCAGUUCCAACCGUCAAAUUCUGGUUGUAUCAUUUUCCUUUAAUUUCGUUCAGUAAUCGUAGACAAUUUGAUUACAUUCUAAGUAAUAUGAAAAACUGUAAAGCUGUCUUUUUUUUUAAAUUUAUUUGUACUUUGUUUGAAUGUGAAUGAACGUCAUUCAAUGAGCAAAGUGAUAUUUGCAAUGUGUUCCUAUCAGUUGAUGUUACCACAUAGACUUAGCAUUAGCAUGAUGAUUCCUAGUGCAGAUAACGGUGAUCUCAGCAGCACUGGAAGAUUAGUCACACGGCAUUCAUGUGUGGAAUCUUAAUCAGUAUUAGUUUUAUGUGAACUGUAUGAAAUGUCAUAAGUAAAGUGCCAUAUAUGGUGUACUGUAUCAAUUUCAAUAAUUCAUGUGUUUAUUUCCUACAUGUCUUGAAUGCAAUCUCAAUCCUUUCUAGAGUAAACAUGAGGGACAAUGUAAAUUGUUCCUCAUCUAUUUCCAUUGUAUAAAAUGUAGAUAAUGUAUGAGGAUGUCUCAUAAGUUCUUUUACCUUCUGUACGUCUUUAAAGAUCUCAUUUCAGCUGCUAGUUAGUCUUUUAUAUAUCUUAGCCCAGCUGUUGUUAGUCUGCUAAUAUCUGUUAUGUUUCUGCUCCAUACAUUAAAAUGAGUCUUCAGAGCUGUGUGAAAUGUUUUCUGCAGUCUGUACUGCUUUGGCAAGUGAUACAUUUAGUGAAUGCUGCCAACGUAUGUAAUUACAGGCUUCAGAGAAUUAAUGAAGCCUAGCUCUUUGAUUAUAACUUUGGGGACAUCACAUAUUAUGUGUAGAGGUAUGUGGUACAUGUAUUUGAUGUCAUAACUUCAGGAGCUAUGUUUCCUUUGGAGAUGAUGUUCCUAAGUUCAAGACUGAGGUCAGCACUGGAAAAUGAAAUACACCCCAAAGAGCAAACGAUGAAGUCACUACAUCAUAACAGAGCGAUUAAACAUGCCUGUGUUAGUGGCU